AUGGCAAUAACAUCUAUUCCUAGUAUUUCCACAAUGUUUCCAACGGCUCAACAAGUAUUGAAACCAAACAGAGAGGUUGUUAUUGCUGAGGAAAUUGGCGGAGCCAGAGUGCUCACAUUAAAUCGGCCUAAGCAGUUAAAUUUUAUAUCAGAGAGAACGAUAUUAAUGCUGGCGCAGAAAUUUGAGAAAUAUGAGAGAGAUGGUAAUGCUGAAUUUGUAAUCAUCAAAGGAGCUGGCCGUACUUUCUCUGCUGGUGGGGACUUGAAAACGUUCUACGAUGGCCGAAACACAAGGGAUUCUUGCCUCGAAGCAACUUAUAGAAUGUAUUGGCUUUGCUACCACAUUCAUACAUACAAGAAACCACAUAUUGCUCUUGUACACGGUAUGGCUGUAGGUGGAGGUGCAUUCUUAAUGGUUCCAAUGAAGUUCUCUGUCGUCACUGAAAACGCAUUUUGUUCCACUCCCGAAGCAAGUCUAGGGUUCCACCCGGAUUGUGGCUUCUCAUACAUGCUUUCACGCCUUCCAGGUCGACUUGGGGAAUACUUGGGCUUAACAGGAGCAAAACUAAGGGGUAAAGAAGUUGUUGCUGCUGGACUUGCCACUCAUUUUGUUCCUUCUCAGAAAUUAUUCCAGUUAGAGAAGCGCUUACUGAGAAUAAAAAGUGGCAACGAGGAUGCUAUUAGAUCUGUCAUUGACGAAUUCUCCACAAAUGUUAACAUAGAUGAAAGAAGUGUUUUGAACAAGUUGUGCAUAAUUAACGACUGUUUCUCCAGGGAAACUGUGGAGGAGGUCGUGGAUUCAUUUGUAAGAAUUGAUUAUACUAUAUGUUAA